CAAUUGCUGCUACCCUCCACUGUACCAACUAUGUCAAACAAUACUACCCUGGCUUUACCACUAUUAUCCAAGUCAGCCUCAUGCUCUGCACCCAGGGCUGAUAUAGGUCCAUCAACUGCACCUCCAGAUGAUGUUGUUGCAGACCAUGACAGCCUGAAGAUGCAGGCAAGGCAUUACAAAACCUUGAGCAACAUGUACAGGAAACCCAAUGCAAAACCCAACCAAAGUGACGUUGCUCAAAUUUUGGACCUGGAGUUUGAGGCCAGACGAGCUUUUAUUGACGCAGAUGUUACAAGGGAAGAAGACAGGCCCAGAAAAAUAUUUGAAGCAUACCCGUGCUUCAAAGACAUACGAAAUGCGAUGGAUGAACUGCGUCGCAUCGUUGGUGGCUUCAACUGCAAAUACAUAGAUCAAAUGAAGGGUCGAUGGGCAGAGUUUUGUUCGAAGGUGCAGUUCUAUGGCAUUUGGAAGAAGGUCCUGAAACCACCUCUCCCCUUGGAUGUACAUGGAGUGGAUUUUACUGUCACUCUCAUCAAUGCACUUCCAUCUCUUUUUCCUUCAAAAACUACACCACCAAAGUGGCUGGGAAGUGCCAGUGAGGCUCUCCUUCAUAUCCUCAAGCCGGGUGAAGAUGCUAUGCUAUACCUGGAGAAGCGGCCUCUCUCCUCCCCAGUGCUGCUUUUUGAUGGGACAACCAGCAUUGUUGCUGUAGGAAAUAUACCAGUGACCACUCUCCCCUUGGAGGAUUUCUGGGAAGGAAUGUUGGUGUUGAUGGCAUAUUACUACACCUUGCACUUAACAUACCCAAAAUGUGUUGCAACGGUCCUCUCUGUCAUACAAACUGAGGUAAUCACUGAUGCCAUCCAUGAUCAAGAUGCCACUAGUGCAUAUAAGAAAGCAAUAGCUGAGUGGAAGUCAUUCUUUGAAAAAUAGGUGAAUACCAAGCAGAAUUUUAUCAGGUCAUUUGCAGUUUGUUUAGUUUUGUAGUACGUUUGUACAACUUUGUUCCUAAUUUGGCUAGCAAUGUCCUGAGAAACUGCUUUACUUAUAAUGCCUUACAAAUGAAAGUUGUUUUGUUUUUUUCUCUUAAUGACACUUUACCUGAGGCAUGUAAAGUUUUAAGUCAGUAAUGCCAUUAUUUACAACAUUGUGAGACUAUGUGACUGUCACAAAAGUUUAAGGCUAAAAAUGUAAUUUUUUUUCUCUGUUUAGGCCUUCUAAAGGGUUGAUUUAGACUUUUAGGGAUUGUGCAGCAGCCCUAUAUUGUUUUAAAAAAGGGUUUUGUUCUCAUGAGAGGAAUAAAUGUUGACAUAUA